UAGGGACCCGGGGGCCUCGAAGGAAGGAACAUCGAGGUCACUCGAGUGGGUUUCACUGAUCGGAAGAGGCGUUCACAGUCGUCGUCUCUCCAGGUGUGGACUCGAUAAAGAUAGAAGACUAGAUUUGCAAUAAUGUGGUGAGUGCACAGGUGCUUCAGAUUACGGUAGACCAGAAAGCCAGGCAGGAGAAUCUUGUUCCCAGCAUCUGACGAGACCACCUGCGAGUGUGACGGCGCUCAGGGCGAUUCGAAAUACGUGAGAGCAGUCAGCGCUUGAGCUGAGCUCUACCGAGCAUUGCAGCUAUGAGAGAACCGCAGCUGCUUGUGGCGGCUCUCGUGCUGCUAGCAGCGACAUCUUCAUUAGUUUACGCGAAGGUUGUCGAGUAUGAGUGGGUGGUAGACUACGCCUGGGCAGCUCCCGACUGUGUCGAGAAGCAGGUCAUUUCCAUCAAUGGGGAGUUUCCAGGUCCCAAUAUUCGGUCGGUGGCCGGCGACACUGUCAGGGUGCAUGUCAUCAAUAGGAUGCCUACCGAGGCCGUGGUCAUUCACUGGCACGGCAUGCUCCAGACAGGAACGCCUUGGGAAGAUGGUGCAGCUUACGUUUCCCAGUGUCCGAUCGAUCCUGAGGACGAGUAUACUUAUGACUUCGUCACAGAAAAUGCCGGUACGUACUUCUGGCAUGGACAUUACGGUAUGCAGCGAGCUGCUGGAUUCUACGGACAGCUCAUCGUCGAUCCACCCGAGAACUUCACCGAGCCCUUCAAAUACGACGGCGAGCACAGCAUCGUACUGAAUGACUGGUGGCACGCCAGUAUGAUUGACCAGCAGCUUGGACUUUUCAGCGUUCCCUUCCGAUGGGUCCGAGAGCCUCAGUCUCUUUUGAUCGAAGGCCGUGGAAGAUACAACUGCUCGUUGAUGGCAGGUGGCAGGGCGUGCAACGCCACCAGAGAGUCGUGCAAGCUUCACGUAAUGCCCGUGGAAGCUGGGAAGACAUAUCGCCUUCGAAUAGCCAGCGUCGCAUCCUUGGGCUCAUUCAACUUCAUUCUCGAGGGGCACAAUUUCACAGUGGUCGAGGCCGAUGGGCACUACGUGGAGCCGGUGACGAUGAGCGACAUCGAUGUCUACUCCGGAGAAUCGUACUCCGUCCUCUUCACGGCAAACGCCGACUGCUCGAGAAAUUACUGGGCCGGGUUCAACGUCCGCGGGCGCGAUCCCAAGACACCAACCGGGCUCGCAGUGCUGCAGUACGUCAACACAUCGGGCGAGCCUUCGACUUGCGCCCCGGUGAGCCCUCGGUGGAAUGAUUAUGCCUACUCCGUGGCCAAAGCCAGGCAGUACCUCGCCAGGAAGGAGUUCAUCGUCCCGCUUCCUCAACGCGGGCCCGAUCGUCAGAUCUUCCUGCUCAACACGCAGAACAGAGUGAAUGGAAGGCUGAAAUGGGCUUUGAACAACGUCAGUUUCGUGCCCACUGCCACUCCGGCGCUCGCAGCUCUCAAAUACAACAUCACCGUCGAGGCGCACGGCGGGCUUUCCUCGGCCACGCCUCCGGACUACUUCCAGGAAGGUUAUGAUAUCAUGAAGCCUCCUCCCUACCCCGAGACCGUCCAGGGGAGUGGAGUCUACGAAUUGAAGGGCGACCAGGUGGUGGACAUCAUCUUGCAGAAUGCCUGCUCUCUGACGGCCAAAGUCAGUGAGGUGCACCCGUGGCACUUGCACGGGCACGAUUUCUGGAUUUUGGGCUACGGAGACGGAGUGUUCAAUGCGUCGAAGGAUUACGCAUCGCUGAAUUACUACAACCCUCCGCUGAGAAACACUGCGCCUCUCUUCCCAUUUGGAUGGACCGUGCUGCGGUUCGUGACUGACAAUCCUGGCGUGUGGCCAUUCCACUGUCACAUUGAAUCUCAUUUCCACAUGGGAAUGGGAGUGAUCUUCGCCGAGAGCGUGGACAAGCUGCCCGAGGUGCCAACCGACACCAUGGGGUGCGGGGCCAUCAAGUUCUACCGAUCCCCCUAAUAGCCUGAGUCAGGGAAGUGACAGUGCAUGUGUUCGUCUGGAACUCGUUAAGAGCUGUGACAUUUGAGAUGCGUUCGAUUUCCUCCCUCACAUUUUGUCAGAGAGCCUCGAGCUGCCAGUGCCCCGUCCUGCAUUGUCUGUAGCGGAGCAGUUGGUACGUUCCAAUCCAUCGGUUCAGAAAGCGUGAGUAGUUUCGCAGGUACAAGGGAGCGAGUACAUUAACCUCCACAAAAAAUGAGGAAACUUUCUUUCUAAUGAGUGAAUGAGGUCAUGAGGUUAGGCCUGAUGCGAUUUUUGAUGUUUGUACGUUAUAUGAAACCAGAUUUUUGCAUCGGGUCCGAGUUACUGCAACGCUGAAAGAAGCUAGAAAGGCGAACCGCAUGAAUGUCCUUCCUUUUGGCGCAGAGAGCAUGCGCGACGACAGUUCACCAGGUGCAUUUGUUUGUGAGCAGGAGAACUCCAUCGCCCGUGGCAGUCAGUAGCGCAAGUGAACUUGCACUUUUCUGGAAAUCUCGAGUAUAAACCCCGGGGCUUGCGAAAGAGAGUCAACGGAUUGCUCGACGAUGAAACUGGCGCUUCCUGUCCUCUUGCAUCGGACUGUCCACAUUGUGUACUUGAGUUGAAAAUGUUUUUAACGAAAUUCAAGAAUAUAUGUAUAUAUAUAUAUAUAUAUUCAAACGUUUUGGG